AUGGACAAGGAAUGUCGGCAUUGUCAUGCUCUGAAAUUCAAAAAUGAGCCAGCUGGGAUGUGUUGCGCGUCAGGAAAAGUGCAACUACCUGAAAUUGAAACACCACCUGAACCAUUGAACGGCUUACUUAUCGGCACGGAUCCAGAUUCUAACGUGUUCCUGAAGUCAAUUCGAAGAUUCAAUUCAUGCUUUCAAAUGACAUCGUUUGGAGCAACAGAAAUAGUUCGAAAUACUAAUGCAAAUGGUCAACAAUUCAAUUCUACAUUCAAAAUCAGAGGCCAAGUUUAUCAUAAAAUGGGCUCACUGCUGCCAAUGCCAAACGAACCACAUAAAUUCUUACAAAUCUACUUUAUGGGCGGCGAGGAUUCCGGAAGCGCACUUGCCAAUCGCGUGAAUGCACGUUGUGAUUAUAAUAACCUUGAUUCACUUUAUGCCAGGCGCAUCGUCAGCGAGCUAGAUGCUCUUUUGAACGAGCACAACGAGUUGUUGAAAAUAUUCAAAUCACAUAUGCACCAAUUACAAAGCGAUAAUCACGCUAUCGUCAUUAAUCCUGAUAAAACACCAGCUGGAGAGCAUAUUCGUAGAUUCAAUGCACCCGUUGUUGAUGAUGUUGCUGGAAUCAUGGUUGGCGAUUGUACAGCUGCACGAGAAAUUGUGAUUCGUAGAAGAAAUAAUAAUCUUCAGUUCAUUGCUGACACACAUCGUUCAUAUGACGCUCUCCAAUAUCCGCUAAUAUUCUGGAAGGGACAAGACGGAUAUUGCAUAAACAUAAAACAACGAGAUCUCGUAUCAGGAGCUGAAACAAACAAGAACGUUAGCUCAAAGGAUUAUUAUGCGUACCGAUUAAUGAUUAGACGUGGCCUGGACAACGUCAUUUUACGAUGUCGUGAGCUUUGUCAACAAUUCAUGGUCGACAUGUACGCGAAGAUUGAGAGCGAACGACUACGAUACUUACGAUAUAAUCAACAAAAGCUGCGCGCGGAAGAGUACAUUCAUUUGCGAGACGCUAUCAACAACAACGCCGACGUCGCCGAAAUUGGUAACCAUGUCAUUUUACCAUCAUCGUACGUAGGCAGUCCACGUCAUAUGCAAGAAUAUAUACAGGAUGCUCUGACUUUCGUGCGCGAAUACAGACGACCAUGUUUAUUUAUCACGUUCACAUGUAAUCCAAAAUGGCCAGAGAUUACAUCUUUGCUACUACCUGGCCAAAAUGCAAUACAUCGCCAUGACAUUACAGCACGUAUGUUCAGACAAAAGUUGAAGUCUUUAAUAAGUUUCAUUACUAAAUCACAUGUAUUUGGUCCCACACGUUGCUGGAUGUAUUCGGUUGAGUGGCAAAAGCGAGGAUUACCUCAUGCACACAUUUUGGUUUGGUUCAUCGACAAAAUCCGUCCUGAAGAAAUCGAUAGUAUCAUUUCUGCGGAAAUUCCAGAUCCAUCCACUGACCAACUGCUGUUUGAUAUUGUUACAACAAACAUGAUUCAUGGUCCAUGUGGUACUCUUAAUAGUUCAUCGCCUUGCAUGGCUGAUGGUAAAUGUACUAAAAAUUUCCCUAAAGAUUUUACCAAUGAUACGGUCACAAAUGUCGACGGAUACCCAAUAUAUCGUCGAAGAAAUCCUGAAAAUGGCGGACAAUCAUUUAUUAAAAAUAUCAUCAACACAGACAUUGAUAUUGACAAUCGUUGGGUGGUGCCAUAUUCGCCUCUGCUGAGCAAGACAUAUAAUGCUCAUAUUAAUGUUGAGUUCUGCAGUUCUGUGAAGAGCAUCAAAUACAUUUGCAAGUAUGUCCAUAAAGGCAGUGAUAUGGCUGUGUUUAGAGUGGAAAAUACUAAUGUGAAUGCUCCUCCAGUGAAUAAAAACGAUGAAAUAACGCUCUACCAAAUUGGUCGGUACAUCAGCUCCAAUGAAGCUGCUUGGCGUAUCUUUGGUUUUCCAAUUCAUGAACGGGAUCCAGCAGUUGUUCACGAUUGA